AUGUCCUCGUCGCCGUUUCGAAUUGUCGAGCACAGAGUGCCGUGCCAGCAUAUCCGCGAAUACCCCGGCGCAACGGCCAACGAGCAGGAGGAGCCCCUGCACUUGGCUGUGAAACAAUACAUUCCGAUCGAUAAUCCCAACCCGCAGCCUGGAGAUGUAACUAUCCUGGGCGCUCAUGCCAAUGGUUUCCCAAAGGAGCUAUAUGAGCCCUUGUGGGAGGAGAUUCAUGCUCGAUCCGAGGCCAGCGGGUUGCGCAUUCGCAGUAUCUGGAUGGCCGAUGUCGCCCAUCAGGGCGAGAGCGGCGUCAUCAACGAGGAUUCACUGGGCAAUGACCCUAGCUGGUUUGAUCAUCCCCGAGACUUUUUACACCUGAUCAACGUAAAGCGUGCGGAAAUGCCCCGGCCUAUUGUUGCGUAUGAGAACGGUUUUCCUCGUGCUAAUAUAGGCGACAACAGCGCACAACUCUCCCUCAUGCACCCCCGUCUUUUGCAUACUUUGGUCCUCCUGGACCCCGUCAUUCAGAGACAGACUACCCAGCUAGACGCCGAGGGCAUGGCGGAGCAAGUCCGCCGGAUAGCGAAAACAACCCAGCUCUCCACCUACCGGCGCGACAUGUGGCCUUCUCGAAAAGCCGCCGCCGAAGGAUUCAAGCGCAGUCCUUUCUAUCAAGCGUGGGAUCCUCGCGUGCUGGACCGCUGGAUCAAAUAUGGUCUCCGCGAUCUUCCAACAGCCGUCCACCCACUUGACCCCAACGCAGUCGUCGACAAGCAAAACCCCCCCGUCACACUACGAACCACCCUCCACCAAGAAGUCUUCACCUUCUCACGGCCCAAUUACGCCAACCGCCCUGGCAGCGGUAAGCCCGUCAACCGUGUUACGCAUCCUGAUCUUGAUGCCGAGCAUCCCGACACAUAUCCAUUCUAUCGGCCCGAACCGGCCCGCAUUUUCUCCCAGCUGCCAUAUCUGCGUCCAAGCGUGCUUUACAUCUUUGGCGGCAAGUCAGACAUGUGUCAUCCGGAGAUGAUGGCGGAUAAGCUCGCCAACACGGGCACGGCAAUCGGGGGUAGCGGUGGUGUGGCCAAGGGCCGUGUGCGGGACGUCCUUCUCGAAGACUACGGCCAUCUGCUUGCUCAGGAGGCCGUCAAUGAAUGCGCCGAGGCAGCCGUUUCCUGGCUGACUCCGGAGCUGCGACGGUGGCGUGAUGAGGAGGAAAGCUUCCGCUCGGUGUGGAGUCGAAAAUCCAAGGUCGAGAAAUUGACGGUCGAUAAGCAGUGGUACGAGCACGUGCCUGCUCCGGCUCGUCGUCCCAACAAUGGAGAAAAGAAGAGUGGUGAAUCUAAGCUAUGA